AUCCACCAUCAUCUAUCCACCAUCAUCUAUCCACCAUCAUCUAUCCACCAUCAUCUAUCCACCAUCAUCUAUCCACCAUCAUCUAUCCACCAUCUCUCCACCAUCUCUCCACCAUCAUCUUCCUCCCCUUGUUCACACUUCUCUUACAUCAAAACACCGCCAAAGGACACCUCAACAACAAAAGCACAGCCCUGGCAGCCUCGGCUUACCGUGAAUUCAAAACACCCUAUCAUAUCAGUUACCAAGCUCCAGAUUUCUCGCAUAUCUUUCUCUCAGUGCCGAUAUUGGCGGACCCCACCAGAUUGCAGAAUGGCGACUGACCCCGAUAAUAAGGUCAUCAUUGCUGUGGAUUUUGGGACCACUUUCUCUGGCGCUGCCUGGGCUCAAGUAAGCAAUCCUGAGAAACACUUUAUCAUCAACCAAUGGCCAUACAAUGCUACCGACUCUCUCGAUGGUAUGACAAGUGAGAAAGUUCCGAGCGAGAUAGCAUAUCAAUAUGGCGAUUCCGGUCCAAAGUAUCUCUGGGGGUUUCAGAUCCCACAAAGUAUGCCACGUCACCAGUGGCUCAAACUCGGACUUUCCAAAGAACGGAAAUUAGGAUUAGGCUCCCGCUUAUCCUGUUCCCAUCAAGAUAUUCGGCGUAUCCCAGGGCCCUACCAUUCGUCUUCUGAAGCUCUUGUCGUUGACUACCUUAGUGGUCUUCGGGAUCACAUCUUCAGUAACUUCAAGCGCCAGAUAGGUAGCUCAUUCGACGACAAAAAUGCUAAAUUCAUCAUUACUGUUCCAGCAAUAUGGUCAGACCAUGAAAAAAUGAAAACGCUUUCAUGUGCGGAGAAGGCUGGAUUCGGAGGAGUAUCACAGGUUCGUGUGAUCUCCGAGCCUGAAGCAGCUGCAAUGCACAGUCUUCAUACGCCUGGUCUCCAUGGCCUAAAAUCAGGCGAUACCGUUGUUUUGUGCGAUGCAGGCGGUGGGACUGUCGAUCUUAUCACCUUCUCGAUCGUUGAGAUGGAGCCUAUAAUACGUCUAAAGGAAGAAGCACCUGGAGAUGGAGGCCUCUGUGGAAGCACCUUUCUUGAUCGAAGGUUUGAGGAAUUUCUUACGGAGAAGCUAUCCUCUCUUUCUGGCUGGGGUUUUGAUACCUUGGAAGAAGCAAUGGCUCGAUUCGAAACCGUGGCGAAAAGAACUUUCAGCGGCAGUCCAAAUGAUCCAUUCAUGUUUCCUGUUCCAGGACUUUCGGACAAUGAGGAAAUAGGAAUCAGAAGAGGUCGACUGCAGUUAAUGGGGGAUCAGAUGUUUGGCUUGUUCACGCCUGUUCUUGAAGAGGUUUACAAUCUCGUGAAGGGUCAAGUCCGGAUCUCAAGUAAGAAAGUUAAGGCAAUCUUUCUGGUUGGAGGGUUUGGACAGAGCCCAUUUCUUCUCAAAUUUUUGCGUGAAAAAUUCUCACCUGAUAUCGAGGUCUUAGUGCCUCCUGACGGAUGGACUGCCGUGGUUCGCGGCGCUUUGCUGAAAGCUCUGGGCGAGAUGGUACCCAGUGCCAUAUCGACCUCCGUUGUAUCUCGUGUGGCCAGGAAACAUUAUGGGACAACAAAAGCGAUAAAGUUCAUGGAAGGUGUACACAACUCCCAGAAAAAGUACUGGAAUUACUUUCAUGGCGAGUAUCACAUCCAGGUGAUGGAAUGGUUUAUCAAAAAAGGCGACUCAAUAAGAGAAACAGUCCCGGUCAUAACUACUUGGCAUGAACGUCAGCUCAAGAGUAAUGGCGCUUGGGAUUCCAUACAAGUCACUCUCUACGAGUUGGACAGCCAUAUGGGCAAAGACCCACCGCUUUAUUUCAACCGCUCGAUGAAAAAGCAUGCAGAUUUGAAUCCUCCCCUAAGUAAGAUCCAAAAGGGGCGACUUCCAAUUGUCAAAGGAACGGAUGGAGAGGAUUACUACCAUAUCCAAUACGAAAUCCAUGCAGCUUACUUUUCAGCACAUUGUCAGUACUCCCUAUGGUAUGAGGGUGUCAAUCAUGGGGAUGUCAAAGUCGACUACGUUUGAAGCCCUCAGUCAAGUUCAGCGAACGGCAUUGAUUGUUGUCUUCUCCAUCCACUUCUCAGCGAUUUCUGGAUACGAUGAGAAAGUCACGAACGACGGUAAUGCAGAUACCUUCAUAUCAAAAGACGAAUUUCACUCACAACAUGAGUUGUCCAUGCCUACAUCCAAUUUGUUUCAGUUUCGAUCAGCAGUACUUCAUUAUCACUGUCCAGAAAAGAAAAGAAAAAAAGGAAAAAGAAAAGAGAAAAGAGAGACAGAUGAGAAGCUUCGCUCAAGCUCACCCCAUCAGACCUUUUUAUCAUGUCAGCACUUGGAAUCUUUCCAUUACAUUGUAUUUCGUGCUAUUCAGAUCAGAAAGUUGUUGACAUGGGCAGCCAUUGCACGAAACUUAAGAAUUCAGGACAAGGGAGUCCACGUGGAAAGGAUCAUAUUAAACUGAUAGCAAUAGGGUUUUUCCGGGCUU